AUGGCCAACACGGGCUAUACCUCGCCAUUUCCAACCUCACAUGACACCAUCGGGCAGUCAACACUAGUGACACCUCUCUUCAUGCCAUCCUCUCCUCCACAACAUCCUUCCAGCCCAUUGGGAUCUCCGACAACCGCCCAAACUCCUGCAACUGCCCAGACUCCUGUAACCGAGCGCGCCGCAACACGUGGCCAAGCCGCUGACGAUGAAUACCAUUCCGAUAAUGAAAUUCAACAUGUCUCUCGGUCACCCUCUCCUGGAAGUCCAACGGGCUCAGAUCUCGAUGCGCGACUUGCCGAUUAUACCUUGGACUUCAGCAACUUCCCGAGCGGCCAUUUUGCCUUGGAUGGGCACGAGGACACUCUGCCCCCUUUCCACCAAGAUGUAGAUAAACUAUCCGAUGUUGGAGGCCCGGAAGACUUUACUGCGAAUAUGGAGAAAUACCUGAUGGGCGAUAUGGAAGACGGAGCGGACCAUGAGGAUGAACAGGAAGAAGACUACGGAUCAGUACGACGCUCUUCCCGGAAGUCGAAGCAAGCCGUGAUCGAAGAAGAACCCGACUCCGGCGAAUACAGUGAAUUCGGACCGCCAGUGGAUAUGUCGACUCCGUCACACCUAUUGCACCGGACUAGCGCUCUUCCCAAAGACUCGACUCACCUGGAAGGUAUUGAAGAAUACCCCGAUGAUGACGAGGCUCAGGAUUCCGCAUCCCCUUCCAUCCGAAAAUUGUCGGAUGCCUCCAGUCAUGCACCAGAGGAGCAAAAUGAGGACCUUCACCAGCAGAUUGCACAACUGCAGCAAGCCUUGAAGGAACGCGAUGACCAAUUACAGAAGAAUCGGAAUCGUGUGCUCGAAGCUGUUUCUGCUGGUGAGCAGAUCCGUCAUCUCCAGACAGAAUUGCAGCGGAAGAAUGCUCUCCUGGAUGAGGUGAAUGCCAAAGGUAGCGACGAGGCAAUGCUGCGCGAGCAAGUUCAGUCACUUCAAACGAAAAAUGAAGAGCAGGAAAAGCUAUUGCGCCAGUCAAGCAUGAACACAACGGAUCUCAGUCCUCUUUUGAACCAGAUUCGUGAGAUGCAACAGCAGCUCCAAGACAGAGAUGCACAGACUUCGAUGGACACGGAGCGGUUGGAGACAAUUGCUCACCUACGCCAGCAACUCAAUGUUUCUCAAGAGCAGGUGCGAAAGCGCGAUGAAACAUUGGAUGAGACAUUCACCAAGCUGAAGGAAGUCACACGGGUCAAGGAUACACAGAUACAGGAAAAGAACUCGGAGAUUGAUCAACUCCAAGCACAGAUCGACGACUACGGGCUGGAGAACGAGAAGCUCGAGUCGGAAUUAGAGCGUGCGCACAAUGAUUAUCAGGUCCUCGAGGAACGCUUCAUCGAUUUGGAAAUUAGAAAUCGUCCUCUGGAGGAGAAGAACACCACACUGGAAGCAAAUCUCACACGUGUUCAGUCCCACAUGGAAGCCCAGGAGAGUGCUCUCAAAGCUGCAGCAGCAGAUCUCCCUAUCAGUGGCCAUAGCACAUACAGCGAGAUUCUUGACCUGAUCAAAGAUUUAGGCCCAGGGGAUCCUGCAUCCCCACUCCACUCACCAUUGAAGGAGAAGUUCGUGGAUGGCCAAGGUGUGCAGCAACCGCAACAACCCGGCAUGCCAACCAUUGCAAGCCUUCAGCAAGAACUCCAGGAGUUAUCCGCCGCCCAGAAAGCCGCAGACACAGAAGCAGCAUGUCUGCGUGACCAGGCAACUGAAGCACAGACCCUUAUCAAGACCAUCGAAACAGAGAACUCGCGACUCUCCACCCGAGUGAACGAGCUCACAACGGCCCUAAACAAGUGCCAGCACGACCUAAUCCAAUCGCAAGAAAGGAACGCCGAGUCCCUCGAGACGAUCGCCCGCUUGCAAGAAGACAAGAUCGCCGAACCUCCCAGCCCACCCCCGUCACCCCCAACAGCGCGUGGAGCUCUCAAUCCAGAGCCAAGAGGACCGGACACAGCAGCCCUGGAGGCGAACCACCAAAGCCAACUCCGCAGCCUGCAAACCGCACACUCAACUGCAGUGUCAACUCUGCGCGCCUCGCACGCCGAGUCAAUGCGCAAAAUCCGCAACCUCCUCACAAGCGCCGAGCAACGGGAAACCGAUCUACGCUCGGAACUUGCAAAUCUCCGCUCCUCAUCCACCACCUCCGAAACCCACCUACGCAAGAGUUUCAAAAUAGAACUCAGACGCCUAGAAGACGUUAUCGCCGCAAAGGACGAAACCGCAGCCGAGGUCGACCAGCGCAUCGCUUUGUCGGUGGACAAGCGCGAGCGCGAGUGGGAGCGACGCAUCGACCUGCUCCUCAAGGAGCGUGAUCGCAUGGCCAAGGCUUUGAUGAUGAGCUGGGGUGAGAAGGAACUUGGUCGUGGACCUGGGUCUUUGGCUGAGAGUCAAGGCAAGGAGAGCCGUCGUCGUGACCGGGAACGUGAUGUGGAUGCCAAGAGUGGACAGGCUUAUCGCUACAAGUACGCUCAGAAGCAGAAGUCUAAGAGCACGGAGGCUAGGGCUUAG